UAUAAAACAAAUCAUAAAAUGAAUCAUGAAUUAAUGUGUAAAUUAAAUAUGCACGAUAAUCAAGUGAUCGAAUUAAUGGGUACUCAUGAUUUCACCCAACUUCAGCAACAACAGUCCCAACAACAACAACAACAAAUGCUCAAUUACGCCAUGACAGAAACACAAAAUCUACCAACCGCCCAACAUGCAACAGAAAACAAUAAUCAGGAUAACAAUAGAACAUCAAGACCAAUUAGAAGAACUAGUCGUAGGACACCCCAGUUAAGCAAUAACUAUGAUAUGGAAAUGACAGAUUCAAGUUCGCAAAGCGAUGACACAAGUGGUGGUGGUGGCAGCAGUAAUGGAGGUAGUGGUGCCCGCCCGUCCAGUCGUGGCCGCAACUCAUCGGGGACCAGCCAAAAUCGCCGUCGAAAAGGUGCUCUCAAUGCAAAGGAGCGCAAUUUAAGACGUUUAGAGUCCAAUGAAAGGGAACGCAUGCGAAUGCAUAGUUUAAAUGAUGCAUUUCAGUCCCUGCGCGAAGUGAUACCUCAUGUGGAAAUGGAACGUAGACUAUCGAAAAUCGAAACACUAACUCUGGCCAAAAACUAUAUUAUUAAUUUGACUCACAUAAUAUUAGCGAAACGCAAUGAAGAAUCCGCCCUCGAAUUUAAUGGCGUUCUAAUGAAUGGCACCAGUGUUGACGCAACAGCCCCCAACAAUGUUGUGGGCGAUAACGAUACUAAUACGGUGCUGGGCCUUAACGCAGGUGUUGGCGGAGGCGUGGUGGGUAAUGGUAACGUUUUAGUUGGUUUGCCAACAUGUUAUGAUGAUGCUCUAACAACUAAUGGUGCCAAUACAUACAAUUGUACCCUUUUGGCCGAACAUCAAAAUCCCCAAACACAAUCGCUGACGACAGCAACCACUACCAUACAAAUACAACAAAAUGAGCCACUUAAUCACAUGCACCAUCAGUCCCAUCAUGUCAUGAUAUCGAAUCAUAGUCAAAUAUUAAUGCCACAACAACAGCAACAGCCAACGCCACAGCAGCAGCCGCUGCAACAAACGGCAAUCAUAAUGAAUGGCUACGCCGACUCAACUGGUGAUAACAACAAUUUCGAUGAACCAUUUCGGGAAUUUUUAUAAGUAUACGAAAUGGCAAAUGGCCUUUAAGAAGACAAGAUCUUUUGAAAGUUUCAUAAUUUUUAUUAUUUUUGCAAACUUACACAGAAGAAAGAGAAGUAAAAGCAAACGAAUGAAGAAAGUAUAUCAACGAAUAUUGUUUUCAAAAUUUAAGUUGUUUUUGUUAUUAAGAGAAAAAUAUUUAAUUAAUUAAUACAAACCAGAGUGGAUACUGAAA